AUGUCCAGCCCAACUCUACUCGGGGCUUUCCCUAAUCACAGUCAGGAGCUUCGUCCUCCUCCCUCUGCACACUCAUCACAUUCGGACACACCCUUCAUUGACUCCGAAAAAUGCCAACCGCCUAUCAAUUUGGACUUUCGCCAGCGCCUCCGUCAUUUCACGUGGGCAUGGUACACUCUCACUAUGAGUGCAGGAGGUCUAGCCCUGCUCAUAGCCAACCAGCCUAAUCAGUUCAAAGGCUGCUAUGAGAUCGGUCUGACUGUCUACCUCAUCAAUCUUGUCUUGUUCUCUCUUGUUUGCUCCCUAAUGGCAGCACGCUUCACAAUCCACGGCGGGCUCCUUGACUCCCUGCGCCACGAGCGUGAGGGACUCUUCUUCCCAACCUUCUGGCUCUCGGUAGCAACCAUGAUCACGGGAUUAGAGAAGUAUUUUGGUGACAGCCCAGCACAAUCCUUCUCGACAGCUCUCGAAGUCCUUUUCUGGAUAUACUGCGCAUGUACAUUCACCGUCGCCGUCAUCCAGUAUUCUUUCCUCUUUUCCGCGCACACCUACCGUCUGCAAACAAUGAUGCCCUCAUGGGUUCUCCCGGCGUUCCCAAUCAUGCUGAGCGGCACAAUCGCCUCCGUCAUCGCCGAGCGCCAGCCUGAUCGUUCUGCUAUCCCAAUCGUCACAGCCGGCAUUACCUUCCAAGGCCUAGGCUUCUGUAUCUCGUUUAUGAUGUAUGCACACUAUAUCGGCCGUCUGAUGGAGUCAGGUCUUCCGUGCCGCGAGCAUAGACCAGGAAUGUUUAUCUGUGUCGGCCCGCCUGCUUUCACGGCGCUAGCCCUCGUCGGCAUGGCGAAGGGUCUGCCCAACACAUUCACUGUCAUGGGCAGUACUGACAGCGCUGCCGACGGUCGUAUGGUGGAGAUGCUUGCGUUGGCAGCGGGCGCAUUUCUCUGGGCCCUGAGCUUAUGGUUCUUUUGCAUUGCUGCUAUUGCGGUCAUCCGCUCGCCACCCAAGGCGUUCCACCUUGGCUGGUGGGCAAUGGUGUUCCCCAAUACCGGCUUUACCAUUGCCACUAUCACCCUUGGUAAUGCCUUUGAGAGCCCGGCGAUCAAGGGUGUUGGGUCUGCGAUGAGCAUCUGCAUUGUCUGCAUGUUCCUUUUUGUCUUUGUCAGUCACAUUCGUGCAGUCGUCCGCCAGCAAAUCAUGUAUCCUGGUAAGGAUGAAGAUGUUUCUGAUUGA